UCUUAAGAGUAGUUAAAACAUAAAAGUCUUUUCAUAUGUGACGUACGUUUGCAGUUUUGUUUUCUUAUUUGACGGUAUUCUUAGAGAUGUUAACAAUUUCUAAGGUUCAUGAUAUGGUUUGAUUUCUAUUAAAAGCGUUUCAGUGAUGUUAAAAUUUUAUACGUUUGUGCUUGACCGGUUUGCUAUUCUAUUUUUAAAUUAUUAACAUACUUCUUUUUUUAUAUCAUCGUUAGAUCUAAUACCUAGGUCUAGAGAUCCUUUUUCUUCUCGCAUUAUUAGUCGUAGUAAAUGCGAAACCGAGCCUAUAUCAUACCUAUCCCUCGUACUACGAACAGUAUGGAAUGCAACAACCGAAUUUAUUUCACAGCAUCAAAAGUCAGUUUCACGCGCAAGAUGAAUAUGGUCAAUAUUCAUACGGCUAUAAUGAUGGCUUAAGUUCAAAAGUCGAAUCCAAAACAGCUGACGGAAUUACUCAUGGCUCAUACUCAUACGUCGAUUCAAAUGGCAUCGUUCAAAAAGUGAAUUAUGUAUCAGACGAUGUGAAUGGAUUCAGAGUUUCAGGGUCAAAUAUUCCGGCUCAGCCAAGUUAUCAAUACGAUGAAGAUGAAGAUCAAAAUGAAGUGAUCGUUGAACCGAGCGAAAUAAAUAUCGCGGUACCUUUGGCGAUGUCAAGUUCGGAUUUAGAGCCAGUAGUAACGCCCGUCAAGAAAAAUGCAACAGAGCAGACUGUCUCAAUAGAACAAUCCGCAAAAUCAGUCUCGUUAUUGAGCAAAACUGGGCCAACAAUUUCUACUUUAGUGCCUACAUACACUUAUGACCAAUCUUCUUACAACCCUUAUUCGCUUCAUACAAAUGAACUCGGAGCGAUAUCUGUGGGUUCGUUGGGGUUUUACAAUGUACCAGCGCUAUCUCCGGUCUAUGGGCAAUUUCAUUCGCAGGAUGAGCUGGGACAGUACAGUUACGGGUACUUUGGUGGCCCAUCCAGCAAAGUAGAAACAAAAACAUCAGAUGGUAUCACGAGAGGAGGGUACAGCUAUGUGGAUGCAAAUGGAAUUUUGCAAAGAGUUAACUAUAUUUCUGAUCCAAUAAAUGGAUUUCGCGUGCAUACGACAAAUUUCCCUGUAACAAAUUUCGCACAGUCGACUUACUAUCCGUCCGAAUAUCAAUUGCCUAAAUUUAAUUUAUUAUCUAAUCAGAAAACGGAGGGGUAAGAAAAAAAAACUGCCAACGUUUCGUUUAUAGGUAUGUACUUGAAAUUAGGUAAUUUUGCAUUCGUGAUUAAGGUAGGUAAGUAUUGUUUUGUAGAAUUCUCGACUUUUUUUUUUGUUCUCAUCGUUUGAAAAAAAAAUCAUAAAUAAUAUAGUUUCCUUAAGAAGAAAAUAUAUUAUACUUAUCUAAGCCUAUACACAGCUUAGUGGCAUCGUGACAUAGAACACAUUUCAAUAAAAAAUUACCACUUGUACAGAAAAAUGUAUUUUACUUCACUCGAAACAAACAAGUAGAUUUUUCAACAUUAACACCAAUUUACGAUACUAAAACAGUAAUGACCAAAUCAUAUUUCUAAGUAUUAGAGAGCCUUCUAUAAUAAAAUUCCUCUUGAGAAAAAUCAAUACUGCGGAGAAGAGAACUUUUUUUGAAUUUUUGCUUUUCUUAUUUUAAAGUGAUAUGAUGGCAUCUCAAUAUAAAUUGACCGAUGCUAUAUAAUACCGGCAUACUUACCGACUGUAAACGCGGGGAAACCAGAAUUGAGUAUUUUUCAAACUCUGUUUUUACAAGGGCUUUGUCAAUAAAAAUAUAAAAUUGAAUCGAAA